AUGGCAGGAAGAGGAAUGACCAGCCACACUCAUGUUUCGAGCACUGAAGCAAAAGAUUAUCUAACAAACAUGAAUUAUUCUGAGAAUUUUGAUGGAGAAACAUCAAAUCAUGAGCUCCAACAUGUAGAGAAAUUCGUGGGAGUCUCCGCAGCUUCAGGUAGUGCGAUUAACAAGAUACAACUUUACUGUGAAUCAGGGGUAGAGCUCUGGGUUGAUUUAAAGAUGGAUAGCAACCCACAAUACAAUUCAGAUCAUAUGCACAUGCCUCGACUCACUGCGUUCCCUCAAGGCUCCUCACCACAAGUGCCCCUCUCAGAUUUUGGGUCACAAACUUUUGGUGGGAUCAAUAAUAAAAGAGCCAGUGACCUGUUAAUUUCAAUGUCCGCAGGUACAGAAAUUAACCGACUUAGAAUCUCGGAGCUUGCUUCGAAGGCAAUGGAGGAGCUCGUAAAAUUGGCUUUUGCUAGAGAGCCUCUAUGGAAAGUUGACACAGCGAGCAACACGGAGAUUCUUAGUGAGAUUGAGUACAUGAGGGAGUUUGGGGAUAUGAAUCCAAAAGAACUUGGACCUAAACCUGUUAGUUCUGAAGCUUCAAGAGAAAUUGGUUUGGUCAGAAUGAAUCCUUCAAGCAUUGUUCAACUGCUAAUGAAUUUGAGGCAGUGGUCUCAAGCUUUUUCUAAUAUAGUCUCUAGAGCAGCGAUUGUGGGAGUUUUAUCAUCCACAGGAGUGCAAGGAAACUACGACGGAACUCUUCAAGUGAUGACAGCUGAAUUUCAUGCCCCUACACCAUUAGUCCCAACUAGAGAAAGUUAUUUUGCAAGGUAUUGCAAAAAGCUGGGCAGCGACACGUGGGCAGUUGUGGAUGUUUCCUUGGAAAAAUUGUUUCAAUUCCCAUCAAGAAACUUUCGACGACAACCAUCAGGCUGUUUGGUUCAAGAGAUGCCAGAUGGAUGGUCCAAUGUUAUAUGGGUGGAACAUGUGGAAGUAGACAAUUCACUUGUUCACAAUAUGUUUGAGCCGCUGGUCAGUUCUGGUUUUGCAUUUUGCGCAAAGCGUUGGGUUGCUACGUUGAUUCGACAAUGUCAAUGGCUGGAAACUACAAUGGCUAGAAGGACUUGUUUUUCAACUGAUGGAGGGAAGGAGAACCCUGUUAAAGCUUUCGGAGAGGAUGGUGAGAAGCUUCUUUAG